UAUUUGUUUUAAUUGUAAUAAUCACAAGAUCAGCUAGAUUCUAGAUAGGGAAAGCUAAUUCAGAUGUCAUUGGGAACAUCCUGGUUUGGUAGCUAUAAUAGUUUAUAGUCACAAGCUGGCUGAUGCCAUUUUUAAUGGCUGUACUGUAAGUCAGAAGUUACACCUAAAAUGUGUAUUGCUGGUCUUUUAUGAAUCACUUGAAUGAAUUAGACUUACUGUAAGACAUUUUGUUGAAGUAGACAAGUGUAUUUCUGGUCUCAUAGCAAAAAUCAUUGUGUAUGGGGAAAAAAACUAUUCUUUUAGUUUAAAUCAGUCAAAAAGUCCCACAAUGCUGUUUAAGGUCUUAAUUGUGCAUGCUUCUAACUAAAAAGUUAUAAACCAAAUUUUGUGUUAAAUGCGAUAGCAACCUUUAGCUUAAUGCUGGAACCCGAAACUGAAUUUAUUUAAAGAAACGUCGAAUGAAUUUGAGAACAUACUCGUCUUUAACAGCGUUCGAUUUGGUAAUAUUUUUUAUUAUUUGAGUCGGAUCUUUUUAAUGAAUAGUUCGACUCUUAUUGAUUCGGAUCUUGCGAUUGUCGAAUCGAACCGACUCAGUGAACCAUAAAUUGAGCGUACCGAGGACCAGGCAAAAAGUAAGUUAAUUUAAUUUAGCAAACAUGUAACAAAUAAAAACAAUUUUAUCCGCUCAUAUAGGAAAUAAACUCGUUUUAAAUAAACAUCUAGAACAGAAGGGGAAAAGUGGUAUAAAAAGUUAACGAAUUUCAGCAUUGUUUAAUGUGAAUCCAUAUUACAUGGGCAAUAUAUUUAUGAGCUAAAUCAUGGCAGGUACACCUUUUUUUUUUUUAGUUAAUUAUUAUUUUUAUAGGCCUAUUUAAUUAUUCGGAAGAAAAAAAAACAUUUUUCAAUUAAAAAGUAAUCGAUGAAACCACAUAAUAAACAGCAAUACAUAUACGACGCCGAGGCGGAAUUACGUGAUGACGUUAUUUUAUUUUAUUUUAUUUUAUUUUAUCCGGUUCAUUGAAAUAAACUAUUCGAAAGAACUGACUGUCAUCACUAAACGAGUAAUUAGUAGUCGUCGCGUCAUCAAUCAACAGGUGGCUGCGGCGCGCGACUUGCGUUCUUCUCAGCUGCGUUUUAUUUACUUCCUCCAUGUGACAUUUAAGACUUAAUAGUUAGCAUGGAGCGAACGAGUUUGUAUUUUUGUUGUUCUUUGUACUUUAUUGGCAUGCUGCACAUCACCAGAGCUUACACUUAUGGGACCGGGGGUCAUCUAGAAUAUAGCAAUGUCGUCUCCACGGAGCAGAAAGUCCAUGACAUGCAGCUCAUGCUAGGCGCGGUCAGGCCGUGGACAGGAGACAGCGAGUUUACGAAGAACCCUGCGGUUAUGCGACCAUACCACGUUUUCCCAAUGUUCCAGCACGGUCCAGUUCCUCUCGCUGACAUGGAGCUGUUCAGACCUGUGUCCGGGAGAAGACAGUUACCAAGCCGCUUGACUAGCCUUCUAAUCCCACAAAUGAACCCUCAGCUCAUGCAGGUGUCUCCCGUGCGUAACGCUCGUGGUGUGGAGGUGUGGUGUGGUUACAGUAAGAUCUCAGUGCGCAUGAAUAAGAGUCUGCUGGGCUUCAGAAGUUCACAGUUUUCAUUUCUCCUGGGAACAUGUCCUGUCUCUCGCUCAGACGAGAACUUUCUGUAUUUUCAUUACGACCUCAAUGACUGUGAGAGCUCGUUAACGAUGAUGAAAGGCCAGAUCAUGUAUUCCAACACGUUGCACUAUACUCCAGCAGAGCCUCCAGGGACAGUCAUCCGCGCUGUGCCCCUUAUAUUAAACAUCCAGUGCCUAUACAAUAGAUUUCAUCAUUCCUACAAAAUGGGCUUCCUGCCUGUGGCGAGGGAGCAUGUGUUUCACAAGAUUUUUGAACGCAGGGCCAAGUUUAGUCUUUAUGUGUGUAAUGAUCGCUGGGAAAGACUCGAGGGAAAUGGGAGUUUUGUGCUUGGCGAGCCCAUGUAUUUUGAAGUCAGUGCUGCUUAUAUAUCCGAGGACGAAAGAAUUUUUGUUGACUCCUGCCAUGCAACAGCAUCAACAGACCCAAAGUCUAUUCCACAACAUGAUGUUAUUUAUAAUUAUGGGUGUAUGGAGGACAGCAGAAGACAAGCAAGUCUCUCACGCUUUCUCCAAAGACAGUCUAACAUCAUAAGGUUUUCAGUCGAUGCCUUUUUACUCCCCCAAGUUACUGGCUCGAACUUUUACCUACAUUGCACAGUAACAGUUCACAGUGCCACUACAAGUGCCAUAGCAAAGUCAUGUACCUAUAACAAUGUAGAGAGAAGGUGGGAGGAACUCUACACCGAUGCAUCUGUUUGUGCUUGUUGUGAUUCCACGUGUGAAAUUGAAUCCUAUUCUUCUUUGCCCCAUGUGACACAAUCUAUAACAAGCAAACCCUGGAUUUUGGACAAAAACAAACAAUCUUUAAUCCAGACUAUGGAAGGGUGGGUCAAAGUUCAAGAGGAAACAGAACAGAUGAAGUUCAAGAGCGCAGAAGGAAUCGAUGAAGAGGAAGAAGAUGGUCACACUGUGGAGAUUGUGACUGAUACUGAAGAACAAAUAGAAGCAAAAGAGAAACAUAAAAAGUUGCCCAUGAAUGAUUUAGAUGAGGAUGUAGAAGUAAUUGUUGGGACAGUGGAAACAACUGCUAAAGAGUUAAAGGAUAAAAAGGGUGAUCGUUCUGGAAAAGUAAUGCUUUUUAGGGAGUGGAAGAACAGGGCUGUAAAGAUUGGAGAGGAUGCUGGGAGACGCAAGAGCACAAGUAGAACUGAUAUUGUUAAACGGCCGGGUGUUCAGUUGAUAGAAGAGCUUUUGGAAGAUGUUAAUAAUGACCAAGCAUCCAGCAAGAGUGGAGUACAAGAAAUGAUUCACAUUACCAGAGAAGAACUGUCCGAAGAUGAAACACAGCCUGAAGAUUCUGAGAAGAACAUGCAAGUACAAAGUACAAUAGGUCCAUCACAAAUAGUGAUGGAUGAAGAGAUAUUUUUAAAUGCCAAACAUGAACCAGUGGAGUGGAAUCAAGAUAAACACUAACUAUAACUGAUGUGGGAAAAAUGGAGGACUGACUUUUGAGGUCAUUCCAGGGUCUCCAAGGUUCCUUGAAUGAUCUUUUUCGGACUUGCAUCUGUGGGGCAAGAGAUCUCUGCAUACUUUCUUACGGAUUCAACUGAAUUCAACAAAAUAUAAGUAGUCACAUUUUCUGUACUUGUAUUGAAAAGUAUGCAUUCUUUAAAGUACUGUGCUAACAUUCACUGUAAUGUCAUCAGAAUAUUAAAACAUUUUUGAUUGAUCAUUAGUUUUCUUUUUCUGAUGUCCUCUGACCUCAUUGGUGCCUCAGUGACUUAUUCUUAAAAAGAUAAUCUCACAGUUCAUAUUUUACCCCAAAAUCAAAAAAAAUAAAAAUGCAUAAAGAAAAUUCUACUGAUUUGUAUGACAAUUAAGUUGUUUGGUUUGUUUGUUUUUUGCAUUAUGAUCUUCUGUCUAAAUUUGUUCAUAAAUCACAGGAAUAAAACCUCAAGAGAAUACCCUGACGUGAUUAGACAUGUGAAUGAAUAUGGAGAACAGACACAUUUGAGAAUAAAGAGCAGUAACAGAUUUCGGCAAUCUCUAAUUUACUGUCAGAUUUGAUGGCCAUGCUGUAUAUGUCUGUAUACUGCUCACAUCAGAUGAAAAUGCAUUUUAAAAUCCAGAUUAAAGGUUUAGACAUCAUUAGGGUAACAGAUUUCGGUAACCUACACUGCCUUGUCCAAUUUGGUGAACCUUCUGUAUCUGUUCUCAUAAGACCAAAACACUUAUAUAAAACCAAGGAGGCCAGAUGCCAGCAGAGCGAAUUUGGGUAAAAUUAAAGCCAUUCUGUGUAAAAAUAAAGAGAGAUAAUAGAUUUUGGUAACUUUUUAAUACUGUGCUGUUAUGUCUGUUGCUGGUCACAUUAGAAUAAUAUGCUUUCUAGGGUAUAAAACAGGAGUUUAGACAUCUUUGAAGAGCAUUAAAGCCAUUCUUUAUGAAAUGAAGGGUAACUUAUGCUGCCUUAUCGGCUUCAGCAACUGUGCUUUAGCUAUGUCUCCAUGUGUUUGCAGCAGACCAAAAUGCUUUCUAGAUCAUGAGAAAGCUGAAAUUAGACAUCACCAGAGUGAAUAUGGCUACUAUUAAAGCCAACAAAUCUCAAUAGCAACUAGAUUUUAUUAGUUUAUUUAUUUAAUGAAUAAAUAAUCAGAAAGGUGAAACACAAACAGAAAAAAACAAAGUAUGCAAAAUAAUGAUAGACCCACCCAGCUUGGGACACUAAAAACAUUAUUUCUUGGAAAAGGUGCCUUCUUGCACG